GUUGGGACUUAGUUGUAUGUAAUGUGUCGCAGCGGUUACAUGGCCCCUGAGUAUGCAAUGCAAGGCCUAUUCUCAGUCAAAUCAGACGUGUAUAGCUAUGGAGUUUUAGUGCUAGAGAUUGUGAGUGGUAGGAGAAACGGAAGCUUCCACGAGAUUGAAGGCCCUUUGAGCAUUGUUGAAUACGCGUGGGAGCUGUGGAGAAAAGAUAGUGCACUCGAACUCAUGGAUCCAAUGCUCAGGGAGUCAUGUGCGUUAGAGCAGCUGCAGAAAUGCAUUCACAUUGGGCUUCUGUGUGUUGAAAAUCAUGCAGUGGAUCGACCAAACAUUGAAGAUGUUUUAUUCAUGCUCAAAAAUGAGACAGCAACUCUGCCAAUGCCCAAAAAUCCAUCAUUCAUCACAAGAAAUAGUGUGUUCCAACAAGUUGACAAAGCUACGCCACAGCAGUCAUCAGAAAAUCAAGUCACACUUUCUCAGAUACAAGGAAGAUAGAACAUAGAAUAUUGUUCACUUUUUUAUGUUCUUGAGUCUUGUUAUUUUUCCAGAUAUUAUUAUUCUUUUCCCCCUAAACUAUCUAUUGAACUCAAAAAAACAUUCAUUUACUAUGAUUAUGUACCAUAUAAUACGCACAUUGUACGAUUUUGAUGGGUUAAUUGAAUUCAUAAUCCCUAAUUUCGUCAA